AUUCUUUUCGCAAGCGGCAAACACGUUGGAGCACACCAUCGUGAUCUAGCCGAGUUGUCUAGCCUUUCGACGAGUGUUGUGAACAGAAUAGGUUGUCUCACUGAUCAGCAAAAUGGUUGCCACCGAUCGGUUCCAUUUUACCAAUAAAAGCGCAAAUGAUGCUGAGCGCCCUUUCGCACAGAAGGAUUAUACGCAAUUCAUCCAAGCGCUCGAAAAUGGUGCAGACGUGAAUGGGCGAAUGCGCAACUCAAACUAUUCGAUUUUUGAGCUGGCUUGUAAAACUCCGGGAAGUGCCAAAUAUAUUGCGGCGUGUCUUAAGCGUGGUGCCCUUGCGACAGAGGAAAACCUUGAAACUAAGCUAUGCCCUAUCCAUCUAGCUGCGCAAUCCCACGAUUGCGAAAAUCUUUCCGAGCUGCUCAAUGCUUCAGGCAUUCUAGUGGAUCAGAUGUACGAGGAUCAAACCGCUUUGCAGAUGCUGUUUAAGGAAAUUGACAGUGAAAAUCAUACGAAAGUGUUCGAAUGCAUUAAACUGUUGUUGAAGCAUCAGGCCAACAUAAACGUGACCGAUUCGGAGAGUGUCUCACCAAUAGCGUUACUCUUAAUACCCGGCAAAGACGCUUGGCGGAAAGUCAUAUUAGAUUACUGUUUGACAGGCUACAACGUGUACGUCGACUUUCGUGAUGGACAGGCAAGAAAAGCGAUCGAACAACACUUUCCCGGCACGGUCAUUCCACCGAUAGCUGCAUCGAGCGUUAUGCUGGAUGUGUUGAGGGAUACAUUAAUGGCCGCCCCUGAAGAAGACUUUAUUGUGGCGUAUGAGCGCUACUGUGACCAAAACCAUGGUUCCAUGGUUGAUGAGAAAAAGUGUGCCGAAUUGCUGUCGAUCGCUUUGUAUCGAGAAAGGCAGAAAGCGGCCGAAAAGCUCCUAGAAAAGCAAAUAGUUGCUGGGAAGUUUGUUGGCAAUCUUUCGCUCCUUUCCGGCAUGCUGGCCAAGUGUUGCAAUCGAGGCAAUAUUACAAUGCUUGAAUGGUUGCUCAACAUCAUCCCAAACGAUGCGGUACGACACGUAAACGAAGAUCCGCUCCUAUCCCUGCUCGUGAAGCAAAUCGGCCGGGAGCAUAAAUCGUGCAAGGACAAAGGCAACUGUUCAUUCUUUCGCAGUAUGGUGAUUUUGCUGAACGAUCCGCGCAUUGACGUGGACAAGGUCGAUCGACUGAAAUGUAGCGCGUUGCAUUAUGCCGCCAAGUACAAGAUCGAUCACGCGCAGGAGCUGCUGAUUGGCCGCGGUGCCUACAUCGGGGGUGAAGAUCUGAACGGCAAUUUGCUGAUGCGCGAGAUGCAGAAACAUCUCGACUCGUUCGUGACGAGCAACGACCGCUGGCCGGGUGAUGAAGACUUCGAGGUGCGCAUCAACUGUGUCAACUUUAUACCACCGAGACAGAAGCUGAACGGAAAGCGAAUGCUCCUCUACGACGAGGACGAGAUGCGGCCGAUCGAACGGUUGGCAAACUGCUCAAAAAUCACGGCCCAACUGCUGUGGCAUCCGGCAAUCGCGAGCAUUUUGAUGCUCAAGUGGAUGCGGUUGAUUUCGUUCCUGUACAUCAAUUUACUGUUCGCCUGCAUGUUUGCCGUAUCGUUUUCAAUCUACAUAGUGUUCUACUAUGCACAGGAAUCAACGAAACUCAAACUGUGCCUUUACUUGCUUUCACUUUUCGGAUGGAUUUAUUUGACCGCAAGGGAGCUAGUACAAUUCUUCAUAAACACCCGCGUUUACGUCGACUCGAUGGAGAACGUUAUGGAGCUGGUCCUUAUCGUUGGAUCAGCCACGGUACUUUUCUUCAAUGAGUCUACCAACGAGUCAUGGUCCAUCGUGCUGGUCGGUGUGCUGCUGCUGCUUGGCAUUGAACUAACGCUGCAAAUUGGAGCAAUACCGGUGAACUCCAUCUACACCAACAUGGUCAUGCUGAAGACGGUUACGAAAAACUUUGUCCAGUGUUUGGGCUUCUACUCGAUCAUACUGCUGUCGUUUACGUUUAGCUUUUACACGCUGUUUAGGCUGAGGGAAGGUACGCCACUGCCCGGGGCGGUUGAGAACGAGAACUCCACCAAGGCGGAUGAAGUGCAUCACUUCAAUAGUUUUCAUGAGGUGCCACUUGCACUGUUAAAAACUGCCGUAAUGUUUACUGGUGAGUUUGAAGCGGCAGACAUUAGGUUCAACAUAUCGUGGCCCAUGUACUUGCUGUUUCCACUGUUUUUAUUCUUUGCGACGAUCGUCAUAAACAAUCUGAUGAAUGGUCUGGCCGUCAGCAAUACCUCGGCCAUUCAAGCAGAUUCAGAGGUGGUUGGCAUCAUUGAGAUGGUGCACAUUAUAUGCAGACACGAAAAGUUCCUGAAAGUACUAAACUCAUUCACAUUGUUUCAAUCCCUCGGACCUUUAGGAAAAUGGUUGUUUCCAAAUAUGCAGCUAUUUAACUACGAGGAGCCGUUGCAAGAGAUUCUUCUCAGGCCCGGAUGUUCGUACAUACUCGAGUGUAAAAAGCGACUGUUGGAACAGCGCACUACCAGCAAUGUCGAAAAUGGUGUGCCCAAGAAUGAAUCGUACAGUUCGAUCGAAUCGAUUCGAAAGUACAGUACAAAUAGUUUGUUUAACAGGGUGUUUAAGGGAAUGCUAGAUCAGAUAGUGAACCAGUCGAUGUGGACUGUACACUUGCGCCAGGAGAACGUGGGCUCGGUUGAGCAUCGCUUGGAGGGUGUGGAGCAGAACCUCGAAAUGAUACUAAACGAGCUAAGGAUGUCGAGAGAAACAUCAAAAUCUCAAUAAGAUAGUUGUAAUAUAUCUUAAAAUACAAUCCCUGUGAAGCAGCAGUGAUGUAUAAUGCUUACGAAUAUUGCAGCAAUAUUGCUAAGAAUUGUGAUUAUAUCAAUGAUAUAAUGUAGAGUUUACGAAACAGCUAUGAGUGUAAAGGAUCUUACGAAAUUCUCAAUUUGUUGAAUAGUUUUAACAAAGUUCUUCCAAAAUAGCCUUCUUAAAGCAAUACAGAAAAAUAACGAUGUUUAAAAUGGAUGUGACAAUAUGAACAGUAUGCUUUGCACUAAUACGGCUCAAAGCGGAACUGCCGAGCUGCGAAGAAUCAUCAAGCGAGUUACAUAAUACGUCUUCAAAGGUUAACUCUAAACGAAAAGGACACCGAUUACUUCAGCGCGUAUCACAUCGAUACGCAAACAAAACGGGUUGGCAUUUAAAACAUUUCCGAAAACAGUGUCCCCCUUUUAAUCCUCCCCGAAUAGAUGGUAAACGAUAGGAGGUUGAAAAAUCUUUUCACAAAAGGGAUCGUUGUGUCAUAUUACACCUUUUUUCAAGCGUUGAUCCUUAUCCCGGAUUCCAAAAAUUGACCACAAUAUUCGGACAGAAUUGAAAGAUACCAGAAAUUCCAUUCUGCAAGCGAACAUAACCAGCCUACAGCGUCGGGCGCAUAACGUCUUGGAAUUACGCCUCAACCAUGAUGCAAUGAACGAUGAACGGUGCCGUUUUUUGCCACGGCCUGGUAUCACGAGGCUGAUAAAAAUCCCCUGGAGCGUGUAGCGUUGUGUCGUCAUCACAUGUAUUUCUGUCUGACCGUAUCCAUACGCAAGCCGGAAGUGCAGUAUGCGCAAGAGUCUAGAUGUUGGAUGCUUGGUG